GUACCUUUUUGUGGAUCAGAUCCCAGUGCCCAGAUGUAGAAGCUUCCAACAAGCUCUCCCUCAACCUAUAAGACGAACCUUCCCCUCUUCUGUUGUUUUGUUUCUUUCUGUCUUAUCAUCACUCAGUACUCAUCGCAUCUCGACACUUUGUAUUUUCUUAAUUCUUUACUUGAUACCCCCAGAAGUCAUUCACAAUGGCUCCCAAGAUCGCUAUCGUCUACUACUCUAUGUACGGCCACAUAAAGCAGCUGGCCGAGGCUGAGAAGGCCGGUAUUGAGAAGGCUGGCGGCUCUGCCGACAUCUUCCAGGUCCCCGAGACCCUCCCCGAGGAUGUCCUCGCCAAGAUGCACGCUCCUCCCAAGCCCACCGAUAUUCCUACCCUCGACGACCCCUCCGUCCUUGAGGGCUACGAUGCCUUCCUCCUUGGUAUCCCCACCCGUUACGGAAACUUCCCCGCCCAGUGGAAGGCUUUCUGGGACAAGACUGGCAAGCAGUGGGCUUCUGGUGGUUUCUGGGGCAAGAUGGCCGGUAUCUUCGUCUCUACCGCCUCCCAGGGUGGUGGUCAGGAGACCACUGCUCAGAACGCUAUCUCCACCCUCACUCACCACGGCAUCAUCUAUGUCCCCUUUGGUUACGCCAAGGCCUUCGGUAUCCUGACUGAUCUCUCUGAGGCUCGCGGUGGCAGUGCCUGGGGUGCCGGUACCUUCGCUGGUGGUGACGGUUCUCGACAGCCCUCUGCCAAGGAGCUCGAGCUUGCUCAGAUCCAGGGAGAGAACUUCUACCAGACCGUUGCCAAGUUCACUGGUUGACUGCAUGGUAGCAGCCAAGCCAAGGCUGCGCCUGAGGUGGCAUCGAACACCAACACGCCCGCCGAGGCUGAAAAGGAUACCACUGCUCCCAAACAGGAGAACAAGGGACCUCAAGAGCUCAAGGAGGUUAAGGAGGGACCUUGUGGACUGCCAGCCAAGUGCGUAGUCCAAUAGACGAGUUGAACGAUAAUAGAACGCAAUGCUUAUAAUCAAUAACAAAUACAAAUAAAUAUUCUUAUAAUCA